AUGUUGAUGUGGACUCAUUGCACCGACAUCUUCUCAGAGCACCAGCAGACGGUGGAGUCUUUGGCGAAGAAGCAGGUUUCUCAGAGGAAGCUGGCCGUCCGCUACUUCAGCCUCAUGGUGGAUCUGCAGAAAGAGCAGCGUCCUCAGAACAAACGCCAGAUGUCAUCGAGCAGAACAGAAUGGCUGCUGCAUGCGAGUCUCUACAGCUUCUUCUGCCUGCUCUGCUGGGUGACGCUGGGCAGGAGGCCGCUGAGGGAGAUCCAGGAGGAGCUGGGUCGACUCUUCUACUCCGACGCCUUCAACAGGGCGAUGAGGAACCGGACCGACGAGGCCUCCGAUGAUAAUGGGUCAGCUGCCGACCCCGAGGAGGCGACGAGGACGAGAGCGUUCAGGCAGAGAACAUCUCCUCGACCUUCGUCCCUCAGCAGCGUUUUAAACCAGAGGUCUCCUCUGAUGGUUUCCCUGCUGCCUUCGCCUAAAGAACGUUCUCCUCAUCUGUUCUCUGGCAGAUGCAGCCCAUCACAGGUCCAACAUGAUGAGGCCCUGAUGGAACAGCUGGACCUGCAGCUGGAUCAGCAGCUGGAUGCUGGCAGCUUUGGGAUUCUGGGUAAACCGUUGGAUGAGUUGAAUCGCAGCUCUCUGUUGGACCAGAACAACCUCAGAGGUGAUGAUGAUGAGGAUGAUGAAGGAGACACCGAUGAUAAAAACGACGCUGCAGAUCCUCCUGGAGUCCAGGUUCAAGGUAAUGACGGAUCCUUCAGAGGAUCCAGUGGAAGAGUUUCAACAGAUUCAGAAGCUUCAGUCGAACAAACGCAUCGAACUCUGCAGCUUCUCUGAAUCCGCUGCAGGUAAUUCACUGAUUUAUUUUAAUUUUUAUUAUAGUUUUAGUUAUUUAGACAGAGUUCAGUGGUUUAAGCAGCAUUAAAACACUGAAAACAUCCAUGUAGCAGCUGCUUUCAGUCACUAUUAAUAAUAUUAUGAAGGUUUGAACCAUAAAAUUAAAUUAUUUAGGUUUAUUUUUGUAGUUAAUAACACUAGAGCAACGUUUUUACAUUACUCAGGUUGGUCUUUUUGAAGAAUUUUUGUACCAAAUAUGUAAAUUUCUCAGGUAAAUAAAUGCUGUCUGGUCUUAAACUCAGUAUUUAUAUGAACUGAGUUAAUCUCCAUGAUUAUAAAUAUUAAAUCAGGUUAUUCUCUAUAAAUAUGAGUAUUUCUCAUGUUAACGUUAUGAAUUAUGUGUUAAUGUUCCUCUGAUUAUAAAUGUUUGACCAGCUGGUGGCGCUGUUGAAUCAAACCUCAUUAAAUCCAGAACUGCUCUCUCUCUAUACAAUCACAUUUAAUGAAGUUUAUUUAUAAUUCACGCUGAUUAUUGUGUGUUUGGGAAAUAAAACUAUGAAUUUCUCGUUGA